AGCUUGCCUAAAAUUGGUGGCUGUGUUCGCAGCGGUUAAAAAUCUUUGCUAAACGGGGCCUGUGUGCUCUUGCGUGUAGCACCUUGCGUGUAAAAUCUUGGCACAGUGGUACAUCCAAGAUGCAUUCUGCUGCAAUGUUCUCAGCUCUCUUGAUCAUUGUUGCCUCUUUUACUAUCCAUGAUACUGAGGCCCUCUAUGAAGAUGUGAGAUGUAAGUGUGUUUGUCCCAACCCAAAUGUUGUUAAUGGGUCAUCAUCUGACAGAAAACUCUACAUUGCCAAUGUGGCUCCGAAUCUGUGCAAUUGUGACAAUGUGAUUCUGCCGGAGCUGCCUGCGAAUUUCUCGAAAAGUCGUGAAUUCUGUCCGCUUUGUGAAUGCAAGUUUGAAAGCAGGAAUACCACCACGAUCAAGGUGGUCGUCAUCCUAAUCAUAUGCAUCAUCUCGGUGCUGGUGAUCUACAUGACGUUCCUCAGCUGCCUGGAUCCCAUCCUGAACAAGCGGCGUGCCACAUCCACUUAUCAGGAACAGACCAACGACGAGGACGAGUUGAGCGGCCGGAUGGCGCAGCCGCUGUACGAGCAGGGCAGCGUGCUCAACCGCGUCGGCAACCGGCAGGACCGCUGGAAGCGCCAGGUGCAGGAACAGCGCAACAACAUCUACGUGCGCCGCACCAUGCUCAACUAGCGUGGCCGGGGCUUCUGUGCGCCGCG